UCUAAUUAAAAAAUAUUUUUUUUCCAAUAAAUAACAAACCUCUCUGACAACGUGACAAUUAAAAUAAUAAAUAAUAUAAACAUUUAAUCAGUGAAAAUGUCAAACUUUAAUACCACUGAUAUAAUUGAAGAUGAUGCAGCUGAUUUAAAAUUUCCAAAAGACAAUUCAUCAUGUGAUUCCUUUAGUGAUCAAGACAUUGAUAAAGAUAAUAAUAUAACAAUUGUUAAUCAUGAAAUAUUUACUCCAGACCCGGUCUGUUGUUCAUGUAAAAUAAUUCUCAUUGAGCCUUUUAUAAAAUGUGCAAUUUGUGAUAAUAUAAAUAUUUGUUGUUUAUGUUUUUCAAAUGGUUUUGAAAAUAAUAAACAUAAAAAUAAUCAUGAUUAUACUAUUGUCAGAUAUAAUUUUCCAAUUAUAAAUAAUGAUGAUGAUGAUGAUAAUUGGACAGCUAAUGAAGAAUUAUUAUUAUUAAAUGUACUUCAAGAAUGUGGUUUUGGUAAUUGGAAAGAUAUUGAAAGACGAAUACAAAAUAAAACAGCUGAACAAUGUCAAAGACAUUAUAUGAAAUAUUAUGUUGAUAAUCAAUAUUUAAAAGGUUUACCAGUUAUGAGAGAAUCAGAAUCAACAAUAUUUGGUUCAAAACCAAUUCCAUAUUUUUUUAAAUUACAAGAUCUCGAUGAUCCACCAAGAUUCCAAUCAAAUUCAAUAAAUAGUCGUCAUUUUGCUGGUUAUAAUUCAGCAAGAUCUGAUUUUGAAACAAAUUUUGAUAAUCAUGCAGAGUUAUUAAUAUCAGAAUUAAAAUAUAAUGAAUUUAAUAAUAAUAAUGAUGAUGAUAAUGAUAUUAAUAAUGAAAAUGAUGAUAAUUAUAAAUUAUUUCAAUGUUUACAAGCAAAUAUUGUUGAUGCAUAUAAUAAUAGAUUAAAAGAACGUCAAAGAAGAAAAAAAAUAAUUCGUAAACAUGGUUUAAUUGCAGUAAGACGUACAUAUUCAUGGUUACGUCGUUAUGAUUCAACAAUAACAUCACCAAUUGUUGAACGUCUUGUGUCAUUUAUGCAACUUGUUGAUGGUAUUGAAUUUGAUUACAUUAUGGAGGGUUUACAUCGUGCUGGUGAAUUGCGUAAUUAUUUAACAAAGUUAUUUGAAUUUAGAUCAAAUGGUUUACGACACAAACAGAGUGUUAAAAUGUUUAAUAAAUUAAGUAAAAUUAAAAUUGAAAAAGAUAAAGAAAGAAGAAUUUAUUUGAAUCAAUCAAGCUUUACAAUUAAACAUAUUGAUACAACAAAUAAUGGUGAUGGUAAUGGUAAUAGAAAUACUGAAAUUGUUAGUCAUAAUUGUUUUACCCAAAGAAGACCACCACCACCAUUGGAAAUACGUAGACAUAUUGGUUAUGAUAAAUUAACAUCACCUGAAAAAGAUUUAUGUUCAAAUGCCAGGAUAUUGCCUGAAGACUUUUUGUAUUAUAAAAAUAUGUUAAUCAUUGAAAAUAAAAAACUUGGAUCAUUAAAAUUAUCACAAGCACGACCAUUGUUGAGAAUUGAUGUUAAUAAAACAAGAAAAAUUUAUGAUUUUUUUGUUCAAGAAGGACAUAUUAAUCAGCCAAAUAAUUAA